GAGCAUCCUCCGAUUCGAUCGGAAACCAGGUCGUAGGAGUGUCAAACACCCAAGCCGGAGCUCUGUGAUCGCGGUGUCGGUAUUCCCUUCUCCGAUUGUGACCUGGUGAACCCGUAUUUACUCUUGGUCGCGUCUUCUUCGACAGUGAGUGUUGGCGGACGUCGGCGAUCGGCGAUUUUUGAGGUUUUCGUGGUUUUUACACUUUUGGCGAGAUGAUUGGAGUCGCGGUGGUUGGUUUCUUGGUGCUCUUGGCGAAGGAGCUGAAUGGUGGUGUGCUUCCUAAAUCAGGAUUUUCCUGCGAUGGAAGGCCAUCUGGAUAUUACGCGGAUGUUGCAACAGGUUGCCAGGUCUACCACAUGUGCGACGGCAUCGGGCGGCAGUUCAGCUACGCCUGCCCCAACGCCACCCUCUUCCAGCAGCGCAUGCUCGUUUGCGACCACUGGUACAUGGUGGACUGCGGCGCGGCGGAGGGCGACUACGACGCCAACCUGCUCAUCGGCCAGAAGAGGCCCUUCGUCGAGGAGGGCAGCGCGUACGCUCGGACGCCCAGGCCGGACCUGCUAUCCGCGCCCUCCAACGCCUCGGAGUAUAACAUCAUAUACAGAACGUCAGGGCAAGAUCAGAACUUGAAUGUCAAAAAUCUCGUAGGAGCCGAAUCAAAAGACGAUAGUUCAACAGACGAACCCACCUACUUUCCGCCGAGUCAUUGGUCCACAGGCUCCCUGCCAUCCACAAGUCGUCCACCAAAUCGAAAGAACACUCCUCAAAAAAACAUAGGGAGAAAUAAAGCCAAAGCCAUACAAAUAAAUGCAUUCAACAGAAACGGAAACCUUCCUUUGAACGCGCCAGAGAAGCAACGAGUCAAUGCACUAGCAGACUUCCACAGCCCAAAGGUCAAUUUCAAGUCAAACUUCAAAGCCACUACACCGGUAUACCCAACUUCGAUAGAAGAUACCACGAAUAAUCCUAAUGAUUUGGGGCUGCUACCUCCAAUACCGUAUGCUAGCAAAAAGAUCGACACUUACAGAGAAGAAGAACUAUCACUGGAUCUCUUACCGCCAGUGGUUUUAGACAACGAUAGAUUCUUCAGCAACUCACCUAGUGAGGGUAACGGCAAUUCGCCUACAAACGGUGUCAACUUCCCUUCAGAUUUCAAAGCCACGACUCCUGUGUACCCAUCAAAAGACGAGCUCACAAAAAAUCUGGGAGACAAUCUUGAUGGAACGAACUUCAAACAUACUUCGCCAGCAUUCCCUAACUUCGUGGAUCCUGUACGUGACUAUUCGAGUCAAGAAGGAAUUUCGCCUCCAGAAUCAAGAUUCGCCAACAUUCAGUCAAAAUUCAAAGCCACCACUCCACAAUAUCCGACAUUUGUCGAAUCUACAAGUCCUGAUCCGAAUUCAGCUGGAUUGUUACCGCCAAAACAAAACGUUCCAGCCUAUUUCCAGUCACAGUUCAAAGCAACAACACCUCAAUACCCAACCUUUGUCGAACUUCCGAGUCCUGACCCGAUUUCAGCAGGAUUGUUACCGCCAAAACAAAACGUUCCUGACUAUUUCCAGUCACAGUUCAAAGCUACAACACCUCAAUACCCCAAAAGCGUCGAAUCUACUAGCCCUAACCCGUACGAUCUAGGUGUGUUACCUCCUAAAGACGUCAACUUCGUGAACUUCGAAUCGCAUUUCAAAGCAACCACUCCUCAAUAUCCGACGCAUGUGGAGACUACUAGCCCCGAUCCGAGCCUAUUAGGGUUACUUGCACCAAUUGCCCCCAACCAAAUUCCCGGUGGCCAACAAUCUGCGAAUGGGGGAUUUCCUCCCAAAUUCCACCAGCCAGCUAGCUUGGACCAAGAGUUCAUUCUAGAUGAGAGUGAAUUGCAAGAACAACCCGGGAUACGCAUGAACAAUUUCAUGAAGUCUUUCAACCAAUCGCAGUGGCAAGAUUUGAGAAAAGUUUUCCGAAUACCCGAGUAUGAUUUUCCACUGGAUGACGCAACGAGGCCGAGUUAUGAGAGUAUCGUGAAUUCUUUCGAGCCUAAACUGGUGAAAAAACGAUAGGCGUUAAAAUGAUUGGGGUGGUAGUUAUUUUUGGAAUUUAAAAGUUGAUUCCUAAGAACGAUGUCUUAAGAGAUUUUGCAGGCUGUGGAAGAUUAGAAUAAACCAAACUAAUACUGGUACAAUCAAUAUAAAAAAGAAAGUAUAUUAAGUACUUAGGUAUGUUGAUCAUAUUUUGAUAGAAUUUACCUACAUAUGUAUACAUAUUGUAUGGCAGAUUUGUGGUACAAUGCCGAAAAGUGUAUUUAUCUAAUGUUUAUACUCAAUACUAUGAAAUACAGGAGUAUUAGAGGUCUGUUCAUAGUGGUGAGUGGAAUAUUCUAAAAAAGGUAUGUAUGUACCUUUAGAUAAUAGUAUUUGAAAUGUAAUUCAAAGCUGAGCAUUAUUACAACGACUACGGCAGAGUUAAAAGGAAGGGUAAUGUUUUUUGCAGUCAAUGUAUGUUUUUUGUAUUCACAAAUCCUUUCGAGUAUUCAUAUACUGAUUAGUAUUCGAAUACCCGGAGUAUUCAAAUACUAUCUGGUAUAGGCAAUUAUAUUUUUAUACAGGCUGACUA